AUUAAUUAGCCACCUGACUGGACGCGUUCAAGGCAACGUCAUCGUGCUGUAAUUAAUAUUAAAGAGGAGUGCCUUCACCGUAGUAGAAUGCGUAGAUUCUCUCCGCUCCUGGCGCAAGUAAACCAGUCCGUGUUUUUGCAAAGCCUCUCUCUAUCCAUUCUCAGCCUCCAAGCCCUCAAAAAAAAAAAAAACCUAGCCUACCAAAAGGCGUUCAGGUCCAGAGGAGGAGCAGAGAUUUUCACUGAGAAACCUCCAUCCUUGUGUGCUCUCCUCUAACGGGAGAAAUGAAGUGAUGGCGGGUUGCGCGGAGGAUUCGUGGAUUUUUGCUUGACAGGCACCAGAAUCUUCUGUUGGAUUAGUUGAUUGGUUUAUUUAUGGGGGAUUUGCAUUUACCUACUGAAAAAUGCCUUUUGCCAAACGGAUCGUUGAGCCCCAGCUGCUGUGCAGACAUCCCAUCCCUAAUGAUGAAGGGUUACUGUUCGAGGAUCUGUGCUCCAUCACUAAUGUGGCUCUAUCCCGGACCCUGCGGCAGCUCUCCGACCUGUCCAAACACGCCUGCUCCUUAUUUCAGGAGCUUGAGAACGAAAUAGUCUCCACAAACCAACGGGUUUGGGCUUUGCAGAACAAAAUAGGCAAAAUCCAGCAAACCGCCAUUGCGCUGGAUCCAAAACUGGAGGCUGUGCCGGUAUCAAAUCUGGACAUUGAGAGUAAACUGACAUCCCACUAUCAGGCUCCAUGGCAUCAACAUCACAAUCUGUUCCACACUUGUACACGGCCACCAUGUCUGGAGGAGUUACACCGACAUGCCAAGCUCAACCUGCGGGCACUGCACAGAGACCAGCAGCAGCGUCAGCGUUCAACCAGCAGAGAGCGUGGUCGGGUCACCAUAUCUAUAUCUGUGGCCCCUCCCAUGCCAACCUUCCCUUCAACUCACAAACUCAGAAGGCGGGAACAGAGGGGCCGGCACUCACGCGUGGAGAGGAGCAUUAGAGAGAGUGAUGUGCAAACUAUCCAGAGGAAGGAGAGACCAGCCAAAGAGGCUGAAGUCAAACCCGUCCUCAAAAAGUAUCAGCGCUCCCGUUCCUCCUCCCCUGUUCAGUGUUGUUACUUCAUUCCCUGGAUUAGAAAGGCUGGAACCAACACAGAAACAGAUGGCGAAUUGCCAGUGAUGAGCCAUAGGCCUAAAUGUCCUGUUCCCAAUGUACCUACCACCUUGGACAAACAGACCAACUGGUCCAAAGCCCUGCCUCUUCCCACGACAGAAGAGAAAAUAAAGAAUGACUCUCAAGUAAUUUCAUCCUGUAUUAUUCCAAUAAAUGUUUCUGGUGUUGGAUUUGACAGAGAUGCCAGUGCUCGCUGCUCUCUUGUUCACUCACAUUCAGUUCUACAGAGACGUCGAAAACUCAGGAGGCGAAAAACGAUAACUGGCAUCCCCAAACGUGUUCAACAAGACAUGGAUUCGGAUGAAUCACCUGUGGCUAGAGAGAGAACAGUUAUCAUCCAUGCCAACCCACACAAGUCACUAUGGCAUGAGGAGCUCUCCCUAAGUGGCCGAGUAUUGCACACCAAGGACUCUGGCUGUCAGACAGAUGACUUCUUGAUUGCAGCUCCAUCCCGGAGGCGUAUCCGUGCUCAGAGGGGUCAUGGAAUUCCAGCUUCUCUCUCACACUCCACUGGAAACAUCACUUCCCUGCCAGAUCGCUCUGAUAAUGUGUAUGCUGCAGCAUCAGCCACUCGUAUUCGUUCUAGAAGCCUACCACGUGAGGGUGGCCGGCUUCUGGAUGAGGAUCAAGAUGACAGUGAUGAUGAUGAUGAUGAUGAUGAUGAUGAUGAUGAUGAUGAUGAAGAGGAAGAUGAGGAACUCUCUCCAUAUGAAACUGAAGACUUCCUACCUGUUCCAGGACAGAGAAUUCCAAAGGAAGAAGAAGAAAGUACUGAUGACCAGGCCAUGCCAGAGCUACAGUUUGGAAGUCUCAAGCAUAUGCAACAUCCAGAGAGCCCUGACCACACAUGGAUUGAAAGAGGCAGAUCCAGGCUCCCACGCAAAGUUGACAUGGGUAGCUGUGAAAUUUCCUCCAGCUCUGAUACUUUCAGCAGCCCCAUCCACUCUGCCUCCACUACAGGAGUGCUUGGCAGCCAGAUGGACCAUAAAGAGGAUCACCAGUCCUCAAGUGGCAACUGGAGUGGAAGCAGUUCCACUUGCCCAUCACAGACAUCUGAAACUCUACCACCUGCUGCCUCUCCUCCCCUGACUGGAUCCUCACACUGUGAUUCAGAAAUCUCCCUUAAUACUGGGUCCCAUGUCAUUGAUGACACCACUGGCUUCAUAAUUGAUCCCUACCACAUUGACAAGCCACAAGGACAGGGGCAACGAUCUAGUUCUUUUACCUCAUCAGCCACUGAUCAGAUGGAUGAUGCAGGGGUUAGCACUGCUAGUGAUGGUGAGUGGAACUUCGCUCAGGACCAGCAAGAUCAGCCCUGCCCCCAAGACUUCAGCCCAAAGCAUUCCAGAGAGGAUGAGAGUGGCGUCAGCUGCCCCAGUUAUUCUAGUGGAGAAACUUACGAGAGCUUCAAUGACCAAGUAUCCGCUAGGAAAUCUGAGAUGCACUACAUCGUUGACACUGAAGGAUUCUAUUCCUCCAUGCACUUUGACGUUGGUGUUAAGAAUAGCAGAAGCUACUACAACUAUGCAGCCAUUGACCCUGACUGUGGCCCAAGUGGAAAUGUAGCAACUGGCAUGGGUGAAUUCCCUGAGUCAGAGUACAGAGCCACGAGGACACUAGGCAGACCAUGUUUCUCCUUAAAAAAACCAAAGGCCAAGCCACCACCACCAAAACGUAGCUCUUCAUUAAAGGAAACAAGCAGUGCUGUGAAUAUUCUAGAGCAGAACGAACCAAAGAUUACUUGUGAGUUGCCGCUGCCCUUGUCUUCCAGAGAGAUGAAAUUGCAGCUGGAUUUGGCUGGUUCUGCAGGGCACCUUGAGACUCCAGGUCUUGAGUCACUUGGUGCAUGGGGAGUGGAGAAUGUCAGGGACAUACUUGACUGCUCCUCUCCAUUCAGUUCCUCGGACACACAUUCAUUCAAGGACGAAGGUGCUGUGCAAGCAGACUAUGCAGACCUCUGGCUCCACAAUGACUUGAAAUCAAAUGAUCCAUACCGGUCUCUGUCUAACUCUAGCAGUGCUACGGAUACAGCUGUUAUUGAAUGCAUCAAGUUACCAGAAAGUGCAGAGAUGCAAGCCUGUGAACCCAGGUCCAGACCUACUUCCCCAACUCUUCCUCCACCUGAAGGUGAGUUCAAGUUAGCUUCCCCUGAAAAGCUGAUAGGCUUGGCAUCCCCUUCCAGUGGAUAUUCUAGUCAAUCUGAAACACCUACAUCUUCCUUCCCUUCAGCUUUCUUCCCAGGGCCCCUUUCUCCAACCAGUGGCAAAAGGAAACCCAAAGUCCCUGAAAGGAAGUCCUCACUUUGUUCCCUACAACAGCCACAGCUUUCAGUCCGAAACCCAGGCAUUUCCCCCAGGAGGGAAACUGACUUCCAUGCCAUACCGCCCAGUCACCUCGACCUAAGUGCUCUUCACAGCAAGCACUUUCCCCACAGAAAUCAAAUGCACAUCAUACACCAGAAUAAGCAGAAAGCCGCCAUAGCUGCAGCUGCUGCUGCAGAAGCUCGCAAUGCAGCUGCUUCUGCUGCUGUAGAAUCUCGCACUGCAUCUGCAGCUUCUACUUCAGAAAGUUCAACAAGCACAGUAACUAGCUCAGCCCAUUUGGCCAUCACUCCAACUGUUCUUAGAUCAGUUCAACUGCGAUCUAUUUGUAAAACAGCUGAAGGAAAACAAGGGUAUGAUCUGGCCAGUGCAAAUCCAGUAACUCGUCCCAAGUGUCCCACAUUAAUAACUGAAGCCCCAUCCUCUAGCAACAGGCACACCAGGAAACCACCAGCCUACAAACCCCCCGUGGCACAGCUCUGUGAAUCACAGGUUCCACCAAACAUUGUUCUUCCCCAGGAGGAAGUGAAAGUAAGACAGGAAAGGCUUGGUCCUGGUACUUACUGGGCAAUGACUGCUUUCAGACCUCCUGUAGAUCCUACUCCUGAAAAAGAAGAUUCUUCGACAAGGUCAUCUCAAGGUCCUGAGCAAGAACAGGACAGCAGAAUGUAUCCAGAUGUGCAACUGACAUUGUCACCAGAGAGACUAAAACAAGAUCUAAAUCAACUAUUGCGGCCAGACCCUUCAGCACAUCCUGUAUGUUUGGCCAGCACAAUGCUACCCCCUGCUUACAGUGAAAUACAGAGGAGCAAUUUUGUACUGUGCAAUAGUCCUGACAAAGUGCCUGUUUCAACUCAAGAGGCAUCGCACACUUACACAAUCAGCGAUGUACAGGUCCGAGAUGAGGAUUAUGAGACAUCAGGUGUCACAACCAGAAGUGCCUCAAAGGACAUUAGGGAAGAAGGGUCAACCCCAGACACAGAGGACUACUUCAGCAAGGAAUCAACUCCCAGUGACAAUUCAACCUCUUCUUUGACUGAUGACUCUAAACCUGAUGAUGAUGAUGUUUUCCCAUCCCCCAACAAACUACGCACAACUGAAGAUCUGUUUGCCAUGAUACACAGAUCUAAAAGGAAAGUGCUGGGACGUAAAGACUCUGGGGAGAUGAGUGGAAAAAGUCGCCCUGGUGUAGCACCUGCAACCGCCCCUGCAACCGCCCCUGUCAGCAACCCUACUGUAUGCCCGGUCACCCCAGCUGCCUCAAUCCCUUCAAACAGCUCCCAACGAACCCCGGGACCCAUCUACAGGAGUGCCAAAAAGUCCAGUACAUCCAGUGAGGAGUUCAAACUCCUGCUGCUAAAGAAGGGUAGUCGCUCAGACACGAGUUACCGCAUGUCUGCUACAGAGAUCCUUAAGAGCCCAAUCACACCCAAGACUCAAGGAGAGCUACUAUUAGAGGUUGCAAGGCCAGAGGAGCCCUCCUCACUUCUACAGGAUUCCACUAGCAGUGGCGAUCCACUUCUAAGCCAGUUCCCUAGGGCCAACAGUGAAGGAUUCUCCCCAAAAACACUUACCAUGUCAGCUGCCUCCAGACAGGGACGUUCCAGAAUUCCACCUGCAGCAAAUAGCAGUCGCUAUAGCACACGGAGUCGGCUGUACACUGCCCCAAUGCAGGCCAUAUCAGAGGGAGAGACGGAAAACUCAGAUGGAAGUCCACAUGAUGACCGCUCCUCUUAGUGGUAUUAUAAAUUUUUUAACCACUUAUCAAAAUCAUAAACCUUUUAUAAUAUGAAAGCAUUCUAUUUGAACUGAAUGAGAGUGAUGUUCACAUAUUAUGAUCUACCUUAGUUUUCUCCCCUGAUGUUGGUGGUUUGAAAAAAAAAAAAAACGGGUCAUUUGAAAACAUGGAAUGGAAAUUACAUAAACCAUGCUUUUAUGCUCACAAAAUGAGAUGGUGAAAUUAGUUGUAAUUCUUUAAAGGGAUAGUUCACCCCCCCAAAAAAGAUGUUUAUCUGCUUACCCCCAGGGCAUCCAAGAUGUAGGUGACUUUGUUUCUACAGUAGAACACAAACAAAGAUUUUUAACUCAAACUGUUGUAGUCUGUCAGUCUUAUAAUGUAGGUGAAUGGAAAUCACAGGUAAAACAUUAAAUGAAACAAAAACACAUAAACAAAACCAAAUUAAACCCUGUGGUCUGUGAUGAUACAGUGAUGUGUAAAGACACAAAAUGAUCGGUCUGUGCAAGAAAUUGAACAGUAUUUAUAUAGUUUUUUACCUCUGAUUUACAAAAUGUCUGAACUGUUAAAACUCUCCUGAUCGCGUCCUCCUGUUCUUGUUCUCAGCAGCAGGCGCUUGAGGUGUCAUCUUCUUGUUCCUGCUUUAUGGGGGAUUGCAGACUUAUAAGUGCAUUACCGCCACCUAUCUCUCAAAUGGAGCAUUGACAUUCCCUAACUGAGAUUGUAGAUAGUGUCAGAGAUAGGUGGCAGUGAAUCAGAGGUAAAAUAAAACAACAACAAUAUAAAUACCGUUCAGUUUCUUGCACAGACCGAUUGUUUUGUGUUUUUACACAUCAGUGUAUCGUCACAAUCCCCCAAACAUACACAUUUGUGUAUGUUUUUUUGUUUUGUUUUAUUGUAUGUUUUAGCCUUGAUUCCCAUCCACUUACAUUGUUGCAUAGACCGCAACGGUUUGAGUAAAAAAUACUUGGUUUGUGUUCUACUGUAGAAACAAGGUCACCAUCUUGGAUGCCCUGGGGGUAAGCAGAUAAACAUAACAUUUUCAUUUUUGGGUGAACUAUCCCUUUAACAAGAUACUAAAAAGGUAACAUUUUAAUAUAGAAAACUAUUAUUUUUACAUCAUCCAUCACAAAUUUACAUGAAUAUGUGGAAGCUUUUCUAAGGACAAUCGCACCAUGGUGUGCAAGGUGAAAGACUUCUGAGAAAAAGAAAGCUAGAAAUGUUAUGAAAAUAGUUCUAAUAAUGGACUGUUUUGUAAAAUCAUCAGUUCUUUUGCACUUAAUUUGGUUAAUUAUACCUUGAAAUAUACAACCUGUAUGUACUGUUAAAUAACAAGGCAAGCGGACAAAAUCAAUCCCAUUUUAGUUUUUAGUUUAAUGUAAUGUAGUGGGAUGUGUAAUGUGGUGUGUGUGUAUGUGUGUAUGAGUGACUCUUCAUGCUGUUUGAAUCUCAAAUAGUCAGAAAGCAUUACAACAACGGUUACAAAAACUAAUUUGUUUACUUUUCUUCAUAGACCCAAAUUGGGUUGUGUACUUUAGUCACAAUUCAGGUGUCACCAUGUACAGUAUGUUAACCAACAAACAGAGACAAUUUUUGUGACUGCAAAAGAAAUGACGACCUCAAUCUCAAUGUAUUCUGUGAAUACCUUUAAAAUCAAGAAUACUGUUCAUUUGAAGAAUAACGGAUUCACUUUUAAAGUGAAACUUCAGUCUGAGGUCUUCUUGGAGUUCAAAACUCAUAGAAAUUAGCUAGAUUUGUGAAGCCUACACUGUGCCACUGAAGGGAAGGUGACAAGCUGUGAAAAGAUACAUUUUUGGUCAUCCGUCUCUAAUAAGCGCUCUUUCACCAUGGUCGUAAUUCAGUUUCUUCAUCCUCUGUACAGCAUGCAAUAAAACACUAGAACAUGUCACAUCUCCACUUAAAAUGUAUUUCCACCUUGACUUGAAUUUGUUGAGUAUGUGCUUUGUUCAGUAAAUGUACAAAAUGUAUAAGAUUUGUUGAAAUUUGGAGUUAUACGUCACUGUAUACACAGUUUGAGCUUUUUCCCUUAAGUGGAGGAACUGGACAAUCUAAUCUAACGAGGCACUAUUCAUGUACAGCUGAAUUUUGAAAGAACAGACUGAGGCAUAAGAGGGUGUAUGGGGCCAUUUUGUUUAAAUGAUGAGAGAAUUAUAUUUAGGGAUUCAUGUAAUGUGAGUACUGAUAUAUGUCAACCUCUGGGAUGUAGAUAAAAAUGACUGCAAAAAGGCAGCAGUGGUUCAUUGCUCAUCUGUAUAUACAUGGAUGAUUAACAUAAUAUUUCAGCCUUUUUUCUGAAUUGUUGUUGAUUUGUCAUGUACUGUCAUGUCCAAGAGGUUUAAGAAAUGAAUUCUUUUUGUUUUAUACUGGUAGAGAAUACUUCCAGAAUAUUCUUAGACACAGAACUAACAAAUAUUUUCUCAUAAAAUAGGAGCUGCAAUUGUGCCAUGUCUUUUUUGCUCCUUUAAAACAACCCUGUCUGAUGGUUGUCCCAAUUCGCUGUGCUUUAAAACUACAGAAUUUUGGAUGUAUAGAGUUUUUUUUUUUUU